GCAAGACACUUAACCCACAUUGCCUGCUGGUGGUGGUCGGAGGGACCGGUGGCGCCAGUGCUCGGCAGCCUCGCCUCUGUCAGUGCGCCCCAGGGCAGCUGUGGCUACAUUGUAGUUCAUCCCCACCAGUGUGUGAAUGUGUGUGUGAAUGGGUGAAUGACUGAUUGUGUUGUAAAGCGCCUUGGGGGGUUCCAGGACUCUAGAAGGCGCUAUAUCAAAUACAGGCCAUUUACCAUUUACCAUUUUUAUCUGUGAAGGAGAAUCACUGCAGGUGGAACGCCGGCGCUCCGGACGGACUCGUCCAUGUGUUCAGAACCAUCCCAGGCACAGAGCAGCAGAUCCUGGUUCUUCUCUGGCCUGGUUCCUACUCCUAUCUAGGUCAGAGUCUCAGGGGCCAGACGGGACGGGGUGGCUGCCUGGACCACCUCAGCCGGCUCCUUUGGAUGAGGAGGAGCAGCGGCUCUGCUCCGAGCUCCUCCUCCUGCUUCUGUAGCUUUUUCUUUGGGCUGAAGCUCCGAAGCGUCGCUGAGGGUUCAGACCUGAUCCGGUCUCUCCUGAACCAGACCCUCUGUGUCCGCUAAUAUUAAACCCGCUCCUGCAGCACAUUCAGAACCAGAUCAAUCCGGACCGGGCUGGAGGGGAACCAGGUUUUCCUGAGGUCCUGAUUUACUUCUUGGUGUUGUGGGACUCGGUGUAAACUCACCCGAGUCUCGAUCGGCUCCAGCUGCUGCAGAUGUUAGCUGCCUUUAACCCUUUAGCUGCUGCUCUCUGUGACCUAAGCCUGUCCAGAUGUUUACAGAUGAGUUCUGUUCAUAUCCAUGACGUUUUCCUGUUGGAGUCAUGUGACACGUCUGAUCUGAAAUAAAGUGAGCUCUUUGAGUCUGGCUGAAGAUGGUUCCACUCUAAAACAGAUGAAAGCGUUCAGAUGUUUAGAUGUUGUUGUGACGUAAAAUCCUGGAGCACAAAGACUUCUUGUUGUGUGAGUCCGAGUCUGCUCCCGUGAUCCCGUAAGAAGAAUUAGUGGAUUCUGCAGAUUCCUGAAAGCAUCUCGCUGCAGCAGGAAGCAGAACAUGGCAGUGGAGGUCGGUUCUGACAGCGCGUCACCGAUGACCCUAGAAGACCCGGCGCUGAUGAUGGUUGGCUGCUGGACCGCCCCCCGCAGGGUUUAAUCCCUAAUCACCGCUCCUGCAGGACUUUGGAUUCUUUCUGUCUGCAAACUCCAAACUCUCCAAGUAGCAGACCCGGACCAUGUCCCUGCUCACCCACCUGUUGGCGUGUCUCUUUGGUACCGGCUCCUGGGUCUCCAUCAAUGGGCUGUGGGUGGAGCUGCCUCUCCUGGUACCUCAGGUACCAGAGGGGUGGUUCCUGCCGUCCUACCUGUCUGUGCUGAUCCAGGCGGCCAACGUCGGACCGGUCUUCGUCACGAUGAUGCAUCGGUUCCGGCCCGGUGUCCUGAACGAGACAGUGGUGAUCUAUCUGAUCAUGGUCCUGGGCACCGGAGCCAGUUUCCUGCUGGGUUUCUUCUGGAAGGAGACGGUUCUGGUGAGAGGUGUUCCUCACAGCGUGGCUCUGCUGGUUCUGACCUUCUUCCUGGCCGUGGUGGACUGCACCUCCUCCGUCACCUUCCUGCCCUUCAUGAUGCGGCUCCCACCUCAGUAUCUCACCACCUACUUCAUUGGGGAGGGCCUGAGCGGCCUGCUGCCGGCGCUGGUGGCGCUGGUCCAGGGGGUCGGGGUGGUGCACUGCAUCAGUGGACCGCAGCUCCAGAACCAGACCUUCAACACCUCCAAUGGUUCUGCAGCCUUGGAGCUGCAGGCUCAGUACCAGCCUGCCAGCUUCUCUCCUGAUGUCUUCUUCUUCUUCCUCAGCGCCAUGAUGCUCGUGAGCCUGCUGGCCUUCCUGCUGCUGAAGCGCCGCCCGUCCUCGGCCCGGCAGAACCCCGAAGCCCGCUACACCAACGGCGUCAAGGAGAAUGAUCUGGACCGCAGACGCAGAGCCGAGCAGAGGUCCAUGAUGGAUCCGUACAGGAGCCAGAACCACAAACGCAAAAGCAGCUUUGGUACCGGCGCCUACAGCUGGAAGCAGGUGUUCUACAUCUUUGUGGUUCUGGGCUGGGUCAACGCCCUGAGCAACACGGUUCUGCCCUCGGUCCAGUCCUACUCCUGCCUGCCGUACGGAAACAAGGCCUACCACCUCUCAGCGGUUCUGGCCGCCGUGUCCAACCCACUGGCCUGCUGCGUCGCCAUGUUCCUCCCCAUCAGGUCUCUGGUGUUCCUGGGAGCUGUGACGGUGGGGGGCAGCGCAGCGGGAGCGUUCAUCAUGGCCAUGGCGGUGCUGAGUCCGUGUCCUCUGCUGGUCCAGGAGGCGUCUGGUUCUGCCGUCAUCGUGCUGGCCUGGAUCUUCUUCAUCCUCUCGCUCUCCUACGUGAAGGUGAUCAUCGGGGUGAUCCUGAGAGAUGAAGGCCACAGCGCCCUCGUGUGGUGUGGAGCAGUGGUGCAGCUGGGCUCCCUGCUGGGAGCCGUCACCAUGUUCCCUCUGGUCAGCGUCUACAGCUUCUUCUCCUCAGGUGACCCCUGCAACACCUGGUGUCCCUGA